AUGUUUAUGCCGAUCCUUAUAAUCGACAAUCGUCAAAUAUUAUCUUCACUUCUAAGUCAAUCAAAUGAUUAUGAAUUUCCUGUAGAACAAUACUUAGAUGAUUAUGAAAACGAUGAUGAUACACCACAUUUUCUCGAUGAGAUUGAUAUUACGACCGAUACAAUAAUUCACCAGUCGCCGUUUAAUGUCAAAGCAUGUGAUCGGAUACCAACUCUCAAAGAACUGAUUGAUAAAGAACCUUUGAAGAUAAAAGCAACUAAUCCACGUUUUUCAACCAAGAUUGUACAGCUGUUUUAUAAAUGGUUUGCUUAUCUUCCUCUAUGGUCAGGUAUCAUGGUAGAAUUCGUUGACAGGCAAGUUUGA